AUGUCACAAACGCCCCACGGACGCGGCCGCGCGCGUCACCCGGGACCUCCCUCUCCUGCUCACUAUCGUCCGCCCUCCCCGUGGGCCCCAAGCCCCCCACCUUUGAUAUCUGGACCACGACACUCUACAGCUAUCCUUUCUCCCCCACCAGUUCAACCUUCUCCAAAACCCUUCCGUCCACUCCACUCUCCUCAUUUACGACAACACUCACCUUCACCUAGCUCUCAUUUUUCCAUCUCUCCAUAUCCGACCUCCCCUUACCCCAUUUCGCCAACGUUGGGCCAAAGUCCUGAAUACUAUUACUCGUCGCCGUAUGAAACACGAGAGUAUGAUUACGCCGGCGGACCGUUGGAGCCUCCACCACCACCGAGGCCGAUGAUAUAUGAGGAGGAUGAAGAACGAGGUCCAUCGACAGCUGAGAUCAUAGCGAACCAGUCUCAAGAAGGAUAUGUGGAUGAGAAGCUUGCAGAGUACCAAGCCACGAUUCAGCUUUUGCAAGGUUAG